AUGUCACACAUCGGACGUUGGUUCCGAGCGAAAAAGUCCCUCUACAGAAGACGCGUCUAUUACGAAGACGUUUAUGGCCGCAAGAACCCCGAAGAAGAUCGAGAAGGAGUCCACAUCCUUGAUACAGACAGUGAAUCUGAAGCAGAAAUCACAAGCCCGAAGCGUCGAGUCCGCGACAAAACCAGAACUACGCUCUCCAACGACAACAAUCAAGCCAUGGAGAGUAUUGGCGAGCGUAAAGGCAUAAACCCCACCAUCAACGAAGUCAUUACGAUCGAGGACGACGACGAUAGUGACGUGGAUGAGCUAUUCAUUGCCGACCUCCAGAGACACGCAGCCGAGAAUGACGAUAAUCAGCAUAUCAUUGGAAACAAUGAUCAAGACGAGGUUGACGCAGAUUUCCUAGCAGAGGUCAAGAAAUACGCUUCUGAGCCUUCGGGUACCAGUGACGCGCCGAGCGAUAGCAUUCUGGCUCAGAUUGAUCAAAGAGCUCAAGAAUUUGCCGACCAGAGCCCUCUACGCCCAAAGAACCCAGAGCCUGUUGAUCGCGUAGACAUCCAAACAAUGGAGAACUCUAGCGAAGCAGUGCUUGAGCAACCGGCGGAAGAGUCGGCAAUCGUGCUGAGCGACUCGGUAAACGCUAGAGCUCGUGACGACACGACUGUGAGCGGUAUCACCAGACGGCCUGUUGAGCGAAUUCCGAGAGCGCACUCCUGGGAUUCCAGUCAAGGCUCUUAUUAUGCCUAUCCGGAAGUGGAAGCCGCUGAUGUACACACAAGCGCCGGUCAAGACCAAGAAAGAGAUUCAAAGGUUAUUGAUCAAGCACCAGCCGAAUUGCAUUACGACGUCGAAAGCCAAAAUCACGAAGUGAUCGAGCUUGAGAAUUACGAGAGUCAUAACAAGGCCGACGUCCAGAAGGCACAGCCUGUCGCCAAAGACCAAGACCCGCCUAACACUCAGCAGAGCGGAGGCUUGAAUAAUGGUAGAGAGCGAAAUGGAUUCUCCACGCCUCUAGAAGUUACCAAGAUUCUUAGCCCUAAGAAGGGCAAACGUUUUGGCCUCUUCAGCGCCAGGUUGAGUGCCGACAUCGAGCCAAUUGCGAAGUCGGUUUACACUGAGCCGCCGCAGAGGCUUCGUAACCUUGUGAAUAAGAGGCGCAGAGAGCACGAACAGAAGCAGGAACCAGAAAAGAGAACCAGAUACAACCUACGCCCACAUGGACAGCCAGCGAGAAACCACAACGGCGGUCCUAUUCUCGCAAAACGAUAUGUGGAAGCCGAUGAGUUGGAUGCCGAUAUCAACAUUAGGGUCGAGGAGCCACGAGAUGGCCAAAGACGCACCAGAUCCAUGACAACCCAUAAGGAAGCGAGGAAGCCAAUCCCACGCUCCAAGGCAGCUAGAAAGACGGCAUGGUCGGCGAUGGGUAUUACUCCUAGAGAUCGGCCUCAUGGAGCGAGAUUGAGUCGCCAGAUCGUUCAGGUGGCCAUCCCGAAAAUUGACAGGUCUGACUGGGAGCUCAUGGCUGUGCGAACACAGUCAACAGCUGUCAAUGGAAUUCAGGCCAGCCUGGGAGGAGAAGAUGGAGUGGCGCCAGCACUUGCCAACAAUGGUUGGAAACGUAUCAGCGAGGCCAGAAACAAGAAACAAUCUUGGGAUGCGAGAGUCGAGAUUCCAAGCAGCAGAAAGCGAGUUCUUGACGUUGUUCUGAUUGAUUGA